AUAAAUAAAUGUCUCAUAAACCAGAAAAUUAUGAGACGUUGAAAAAGAAAAGGGAAAAGAAAGGAAAUGGCGAGCGGGAGAGCAGCGGAAGCUCUGCGGGCUUACAGGGCGGUUCUGAAGGCAACCCGUAAAUCGUUCGCCGGCGACACUGUCAUGCUCAAUGGUUCCGCCCAGGAAGUGCGGAAGAAAUUCGAGGAGAACCGUCACGUGACCUCCGAUUCGGAUGUCCAAAGGAUGCUUGACGAGGCCCGUGAGGCAGCUCACUUCAUCUCCACCAUGAUCGUUCAGGCCAAGCUCAGUGAUCGUGGCGGUUACGAAGUAAAGUUGGAUAAGGAGCAUGCUGAUGCAACCUUGGAAGUACCAUCAGAAGAGCUUCUCAGAAAGUCGGGUUCACAGUAAAUGAACAAAUUGUCUGCCUACAAAAUUGUUCUUAUUUCAAGCUGAAUUCUGAUUCACAUGAGUUUCAUAGGAUCGCAACUGAGGCAUUUUUUAUGUAUCAUUGCCGGGAUACUCCAUGUGCUUAGAUCAAAAUUUUCUUGUCCACAUUUUAGUACUUUUCUUGAGUGCAGUGGACUAUUAACUUCGGCUGUGUACACUCUUUAGCCUCUUGUACUCGUUAGAUUCUAAAUGUUUGUGUUCUUGAAUUGAAUUCGAAAGCCACAAAUCAAAAAUACGAACUCAUUUCAGUUUGGAAAUAAUGUAUGCUUGCUUCUCCAGAAGACUCCAAAUCCUAAGAAUGAAAAGCAAAUCGAAAGGUUAUACUUAUUCUUCGUAUAAGGACAAAAUUUUGCUUUCCUUAAGCUUAGCAAUGGUAACUGAAUAAACCAAAAGGAUACCAAACAUACACAUCUAUCUUCUUGAUAUACACAUAUGCGUAAGAGUAAUAUUGAUCUGCCUGGUAACCAAGGCAACAGAAAAUAUAUUAAGGAUCCGCAUUCAUGAAAGUUAAUAAUCUACUUGAGGAAUGCCACACAGCAUUUUAUACAUAAAACUUGGAACUCUAAUUUGAAGACACAUUAAUUUUCCUCCAUUUCCACCUCCUCUUCCUCUUCCUCUUCUUCUUCUUCUCUGUCAUCCUCAGAAACUUCAUCAUCCUCGUCUUCUACUUGCUUAGUUUCCUGCUUCUUUUUUGCAUCAGACACACCUGAAAAUAACAGAAGAACCUUAUGAAGUAGCCAUCAAAGAGUGAUUCAAUGUAUAACUGCUCUAAUGGCAAAGGCGAAAAUUUUAUUUGAAAGGAAAGGUACCAUGGAACACAACAAGAUAAAGUAUAGUUAUAUCCUACAUCAUUCAAUACAAGACGAAGCAAGUUGUUGUCAAAUUCAAAGCAAUAGUCACAGGCAACAUGGAAACUUAUAAAAGACAAUUAAAAGUUGAAAAGGCAAACUCAAAUACCCUAAUGAUAAAUAAACGUAACUAUCUACAAUAUAACAAAGGCUCGGUGGAACUGCCUGUUAUACGAAAGGUAAAUGCGGUGAAAAGAAUAUCGGUCUGCUAACAAGUGCUGCUAACACCAAUACACAUGAGCCUUGGCUACAACAAUUAUUUAUUAACAAAUGCUUGCUGCAGCAGGUAAACAACAGUAGGGGGAUCGAACCACAAAAGAUAUAACGCCAUUUGACAAGAUAGACCGUAGCAGACUGAAGGGCUU